AUGCUGGACAUUACCUGCUCCGGGACUCCAUACGAAAUCGGCUUCACGCAUGGCUCCCAAGCGAAGAAGGAAGUGCACGGCAGCAUCGCCUUCUACACGACGCUGUUCCGAUCUUCCGCACGAUUAUCAUGGGCAGAAGCGCGCGAAAAGGCAUCUCUCUUCGCAGAAGGCUUGCAAACAACCGAACCACGUUACUACGAGGAGAUGUGCGGGAUAGCAGCCGGCGCAGAGAUCCCCGUCCUGGACGUCGUGGCGCUGAACGUACGCAGCGAAAUCACCUUUGGUCUCUUCGUGCAGGACGCAGCCGCCGCCCCGGAGUCAGACGGAUGCACCUCCCUCUCGUUGCAGACAGCGACGACCUCCCUGAUCGGCCAGAACUGGGACUGGCGACAAGACCAAGCGCCCAACCUGAUCGUCUGUCGGAUCUCGCAGCCUGGAAGCGGGAUCCCUGACUUUGCAAUGAUCACCGAGGCAGGCAUCAUCGGCAAGAUCGGGGUCAACGCUUUGGGCGUGGGAUGCUGCUUUAACGCCAUCCGCGCCAGGGGGAUGGAUCCCACACGCCUACCCAUUCACUUGGCCCUGCGCGUGGUUCUCGAGUCCCCCUCGCGCCUCGAAGCAGUAGCAAGGCUGAAACAGCGUGGUGUCGCUGCGAGCGCGCACCUGCUCAUCGGCGACGAGACCGGGGCCGUCGGGCUGGAAUGCUCGCAUCGGGGGUUCCAGGAGCUCCAUCCUGACUCCCUGGGACGUAUCUGCCAUGCGAACCAUUAUCUGGCGCAUCAUCCGGGAGUCGAGGAGCCGCCCUGGUUGGCUGAUUCGUCGGUGCGCACGCUGCGGAUGCGUCAUCUUGCUGGCCCCGAGGUCAUCCAGGAUGCUACCUUUGCUUCUGUCCGUGGAUUGUUCGUCGAUGAGAUGAACGCGCCGGCGGCAAUCAAUCGUCAACAGGAGGGGGGGAGUACCUUUGCUACCCUUUUCAAUGCUAUCUUUGAUCUGAAGGGGAGGAGGGGAGUCAUCAAGAUGGGGAGGCCGACGGGAGAUGGAGAGGAGGUUUUCUUGGCUUUCAAUUAA